UUCCAGCCUUAAAAAUUAAAAUUAGUACUAUUUUAGUACAGCUCAUCUGUAUUAUUGACAUGUACAUUUGUGUGAUACCUGUAUUAUAUGUUUGACAGGAACUAGACAAAAAGUCAUCAUCACCAAGUGGAAGUUUCGAGUCAAUUUCCAUUAUACAGUUAGAUCCAGUCAUGGAUUUAAGUGUAAAGCAGAACCAAUGUAGUAGCUCCUCUGAAUCAGGAGAAUCUCACCAGACAGAGAGAGACUCACUAAAUGCACAACCGGCAUCUGGAGCUUCAGCUGAGAUAAGCCUUGGGGAAAUUGUGCUUGAACCUGCUCCUGAGUUGGAUUCCCUCUCUGACGCUUCUGUUGCGAGCAGUGUUGAAUGUGUUAAAGGUUCUGUUGGGGGAGAGACCCUGGAAUUGACCACCUCAUCCGCCAGCAACUGGAACCACACAGAUGGUGUUAAAAGAAAGACUACAGGAACACACCUCGUCCAAAGAUCCAGCUCUCCUUCUAAAGAGUGCUUUGAACGUCAGUACAAUGUGGGAAAGCUUCUGGGGAAAGGAGGCUUUGGUUGCGUCUACGCAGGAGUUCGUAGGACGGAUGGAAAACAGGUUGCUAUUAAGUAUGUGAUGAAGAAUACCUGCGACACAUUCAUCACCAUUCCUGGUGAUACAAACCGCCUCCCUGUAGAAGUGGCGUUAAUGCUCAUGGUGUCAAACCCGCCUCGCUGCGAACAUGUCCUAGAGCUUCUGGAAUGGUUUGACAUGCCAGAGUAUUACGUUUUGAUCCUGGAGCGACCCGAUCCCUGCAUGGACCUCCUUCAAUAUCGUGGAAACGGCCCACUUUCUGAACCACUGGCUCAAGUCAUCAUGUGGCAAGUGGUCCUGGCUGCUCGACACUGCUGUGACCAUGGGGUUCUCCAUCGUGACAUCAAGGAGGAGAACCUUCUCAUAAAUUGGGAAAGAUUAGAGGUUAAGCUGAUAGACUUUGGUUGUGGUGAAUUGCUCAAGUCGACCCCCUACAAAACAUAUUCAGGCACUAUGUUAUAUAUUCCACCUGAAUGGAUCACAGAGGGUCAGUAUCAUGGCUGCCCUGCAACUGUCUGGAGUCUGGGCAUCCUGCUGUUUGUUUUAGUUUGUGGAGACAUGCCAUUCUGGAAUGAAUGGGAGAUUGCUAAGAGGCCCCUCUUCUUCACACCUGGUGUGUCUGAGGCAUGCCGUCAUCUGAUCAGAAGUUGCCUGAUGAAGGAUCCAAAUAAACGGCCCAGCCUUGAGGAGAUCCUGGAGCACCACUGGUUUCCAGAGAGCCUUAAGAUCUAAGUUCAGGCACCUGGAUAGGUUUCUAGCAGAUAGGUCAUGGGUGAGCAUAUCAGGAACCACACAAUGAAUUAAAUAUUACUUUAUAAAUCGCUCUAUAUUAAUGUCUCACGUCUGUCUUUUUUAUUGUACAGGCACCUGUAUAGUUUGUAACAAUUAGGUAAUGGGUGAGCAUAUCAGGGACCGCACAAUGAUCAAUGUGUAUAUGUAUAUGUAUAUGUGUAUGAGCAAAACUGUCCACUGUUUGCUUUCACGCAAUGUUGGAGUGAUCUUAGGUGACAGGUUGGAGUGAGAUUUGCAGUUUCAUUAAGAAGAGGAUGAACCCAAAAAAAGCAGAACAGGAAUAAUAGGGAUCAGCUUGAGAAGUCAGUCAACUGAACAAUACAGAAUUUCACCCGUUAGUAUCUGAUUAACACAUUAUGGAAAUUAAUCUAACAUAGUUCUGCUAAAAGAACAGAUCCGGAGAUUCAGAUUACUUGAAUUCCUCAGCACCAUGUAACAUCAGUGUCCACUGUGCCAAAUCAAGAAGAACGACUCCUCAAUGAACAAGUCUAACCUACUGGCGGAAGCAACCAGAUUUGGGCUUAAGCAUCUUGAUACCUGCAACAAAACAGCCCUAGAACAUCACAAAGCCACCACUGCAAUUAAUAGUGUGUGUCUGUUAAAAUGACAUUAAAGCACAA